AGUGUUGAUUACCGUAACAAGCAGUAAUGGUGGCCUCUCAACAGCUCAUCUGGCAGUGUGUCCGCAACAACAACUGCUUCAUCCAGAAGCGUGCUAACACCGCCGCUUUCACCACCGAGCCCGGUAACAUGACUAACCUCAACCGCGCUGGCUACUCUGGUAUUGCCAACGUCCGCGCUGGUGCUUUGGACAUCCAGACCACUGGUAACAAGCAGACUAUCGUGCUCACUACCAGCAGGAAGACCACUAAGCCCUGCACGCGUUACACCACCACUGGUGUCUCCAAGAGCGCCAAGAAGGCCCAGAAGAGCAUCAAGGCUCAGUUGGCCCUUACCCGCCCUGACCUUAUCCCUCUUGCCAGCAAGAAGUACAGCGCCAUCAAGAAGAGCUUCAGAGCCUAAAUCAGGCUGUUCGGGAUUGCUGCCUGCUACUACUACCACUACGGUGAUAGGUUAUCAUUACUACGAUGCCCGUAAAACGGCAGCGUCAGAGCCAGCUCACUUGUUACUCAACAGGUUGAGUCGGAGCUGAUGAUGGCUUGA